AUGGGUCGUAGACGUUCUGGUUUCCAUUCACGUUCCGGAAAAUCCAGUUCCUCCGCCAGAAGUUCAAAAGGUUAUACUGCUCCUAAACAGGAUGAGCUCGUGGAGAGAUAUCCCGGGGCUGUUAGGGUUGUUCGCCGCCCUCAACCUACUGAUGGUGUUGCCUCUGAAAGGGAAGACAUUGAUGAUGAUCUCAAAUUUCCGCAUCCUCGUUGUGGGUGUUUUCUUAAGAAUGCAAUUGAUGCAACCCUUUUGAAGGGGAAAGAUUCUUACUAUAGUGAACACUACCGAAGCAUGGUACUUGAGUAUUGUGGUAUUGAGGUGGAUGUUGGCAAGUUAGAUAAUGGCUCUUUUGGCACUAGUCCAGAAUCCAGUUCCUCCAGCAGAAGUUCAAAAGGUUAUACUGCCCAGGAUGGGCUUGUGGAGAGAUAUGCCGGGGUUGCUAGGGUUGUUCGCCGCCCUCUACCUACUGAUGAUGUUGCCUCUGAAAGCGCAGACGUUGAUGAUGAUCUCAAAUUUCCGCAUCCUCGUUGUGGGCGUUUUCUUAAGAAUGCAAUUGAUGCAACCCUUUUCCAGGGGAAAGAUUCUUACCAUAGUGAAUACUACCGAAGCAUGGUACUUGAGUAUUGUGGUAUUGAGGUGGAUGUUGGCAAGUUAGAUAAUGGCUCUAUUGGCACUAGUCCAGAAUCCAGUUCCUCCAGCAGAAGUUCAAAAGGUUAUACUGCCCAGGAUGGGCUUGUGGAGAGAUAUCCCAGGGUUGCUAGGGUUGUUCGCCGCCCUCUACCUACUGAUGAUGUUGCCUCUGAAAGGGCAGACGUUGAUGAUGAUCUCAAAUUUCCGCAUCCUCGUUGUGGGCGUUUUCUUAAGAAUGCAAUUGAUGCAACCCUUUUGAAGGGGAAAGAUUCUUACCAUAGUGAACACUACCGAAGCAUGGUACUUGAGUAUUGUGGUAUUGAGGUGGAUGUUGGCAAGUUAGAUAAUGGCUCUAUUGGCACUAGUCCAGAAUCCAGUUCCUCCAGCAGAAGUUCAAAAGGUUAUACUGCCCAGGAUGGGCUUGUGGAGAGAUAUGCCGGGGUUGCUAGGGUUGUUCGCCGCCCUCUACCUGCUGAUGAUGUUGCCUCUGAAAGCGCAGACGUUGAUGAUGAUCUCAAAUUUCCGCAUCCUCGUUGUGGGCGUUUUCUUAAGACUGCAAUUGAGACAACACUUUUGAGGGGGAAAGAUUGUGGCUCCAGUGUACACUACCAAAGCAUGGUACGUUAUUAUUGUGGUAUUGAGGUGGAUGUUGGCAAGUUAGAGAAUGGCUCUAUUGGCACUAGUCCGGGUAAAGAUUGA